AUGGUCAAUUGGCACUUAGAAACAUCUAACCUAAUAAUUAAGGAACAAUGCGGCUUUCGCAAAAACCACACUACCAUUGACAUACUCUCCACCCUCCACACGGAUAUCUGCAAUGCUAAAAAUAAAAAACAUCACCUCAUACUAAUAUCUUUAGAUUUAGAAAAAGCAUAUGACAUGGUAUGGAGGAAUAGAGUCCUCGAAAUCAUACAAAACAGUGGCAUAAACGGCAAAAUGUUUCUAUUCUUACAAAAUUUCCUAAAAAAUCGCAAAAUCCAAGUCAGAGCCCUAUCAGAACUAUCAAAAAUCCACCAAACAGAAAAUGGACUACCCCAAGGGUCUGUUAUUAGCGUUACAAUGUGUUUAUUGGCCAUCAAUGACAUUUUCAAAAACAUACCGAAACCAACAAAACAUCUACUAUUCGCCGAUGAUUGUCAUAUCUACUGCAGCGGACAAAACACCAAAACAACUGUGGGUAUAUUACAAGACGCACUAAAUAUACUCCAAGAUUGGUCUCACAAAACUGGCUUCAAAUUCUCUACUGGUAAAAGCGAAUGUAUUACCUUCCAUACUAACCCUAGAGCAAACAUACAAUUCCACCUUAAAAACUCCCCAAUACCCAUUUGUGAAAUUCUCCGCGAAAAAGAACUCCUAAAUUAUGGAAUAAAAAGAAAAAGCACUCCAAACCACAUGGGAUACAAUAACUUUUUUAACGACAAAACCACAAAUUUAAUUUUUCCAAUAAAAAACCCCGUAUUAUCUAUACAUGACAUCUUCUUCCAACUAAUCAAUAAACACACCAUACACACAUCUGUCAAAAACAAAAUCACAUACCCAAACCAUCCCACUUGGCUUUGGAAAAUCAAAGUCAAUACUGAGCUUCUACAACUUAACAAACACGACACAAAUCCCAAUAUUAUCACCUCGCAAUUUUAUGAAAUUAUCCAAGACAAAUAUUCACACUUCGAAAAAAUAUACACUGAUGCUUCUAAAUCCACUCAAGGUGUUGGAUUUUCAAUAAUCCAAAAAAAUAUCACACUCCUUCACAAGCUCCCACCGGAAACUUGUAUAUUCUCGGCUGAAUCUCAAGCCAUUAAUGAAGCUAUCAUAUUAGCCAAUACUAUCAACUCAAACCACAUUCUAAUUUUAAGUGAUUCACUCAGUGCUUUACUUGCCCUUCAAAACCCACUACCCCCAAACGAAACUACCCAAAAUAUCCAAAUAAUAUUUAAAUCGACCACUAAAAACAUCGAAUUUAUGUGGGUUCCAUCACACAUUGGUAUUACUGGCAAUGAAAUGGCUGACAAGGCAGCUGACCUUGCAACCAAAAUUAUCCUCCACCCAACAAUUUCCGACCUACCGACUAAUGACAUUAAAUUAUCCAUCAAACGCAAAAUACAUGCUAGAUGGCAAAAUCAUUGGGAUGCUAUUCCGCCUACCAACAAGCUUAAAUCAGUCAAGAAAGACACAAAAAAGUGGAACCCACCGUACUUCCUCAACAGACGCCAGGAAGUUGCCAUCACAAGAUGCAGAAUCGGACAUUCCUUCACAACCCACACUUUUCUCAUCAACAAAAACCCACCUCCCACCUGCGACGAAUGCCAUGCCGACCUCUCAAUACAACAUAUCAUCCAGGAUUGCUCAAAGUACAGGGACGCAAGAAAAAAUCUAGCUAUACCACCGAAUAUGGAUGAAGCACUAAACGAAAAUAAUAUUAUUAAAAUUAUCUCUUUUCUUACUCAAAUCCACCUCAUAAACAAACUUUAA